GGACUUUGAAAUUAAAACCCAUCAACUUUCACUUAUUACAAUUCCUUCUGAUCAUCAGCAUAUUUUAUACUAUAAAAUGCUUUGUUUUUCUAACUUGAACCAGGGACAACUUUCACCAAAAAGUACUAGCUGUGAAGAUUGAGGCUGCUGUUUUUUUUACCUCCUAAUUUCUGCUGGAGUUUUUCACUUUAAUUAACAAACAUGGGGGAAGUCCUGUAUGAAGAACAGGUUGCUGAGUUCCAAGAAGCUUUCUCUCUCUUUGACAAAGAUGGUGAUGGCUGCAUAACCAUGGAAGAACUAGCUAUCGCUAUCAAGUCACUGGAUCAGAAUCCAACAGAAGAGGAGCUGCAAAACAUGAUCAAUGAAGUUGAUACUGAUGGUAAUGGAACAAUCGAAUUUGGGGAAUUCUUGAAUCUCAUGGCAAGAAAAAUGAAGGAAGCAGAUGCUGAAGAGGAACUAAAAGAAGCUUUCAGGGUAUUUGACAAGGAUCAAGAUGGCUACAUAUCUCCUAACGAGUUGAGGCAAGUGAUGACCAACAUAGGAGAGAAACCAACAGAUGAAGAAUUAAAGCAGAUGAUUAGAGAGGCUGAUUUGGAUGGAGAUGGUCAAGUUAACUAUGAGGAAUUUGUGAGGAUGAUGUUGGCUGCUUGAUCAACUUGUAAUUCCUGCAAAUAACCUCAGUGUGUAUAUGAAUAUAUAUAUAUAUAUAUAUAUAUAUUUAUAUCAUCUAUAUAUAAAAGUGUAA